AUGGCUCCGUUUAAUAUAAAUGAUUUCAUAUCUGAACCUUCUCUUGAUUUAUUGGUGAAUACUACUCUUAAAAAAGACGAUUGGAAGGCACUUGCUGGUCAUUAUGAAAUUGAAAUUAGAGCUUGCAUGACGAAAGCAGUGAUUAAAAGUAUUGUUAUUGAAAGUCUAGUAAAUUCAGACAUUCUUCCCAUGUCAGCGUUGUCUUUAUGUGAUAAAGUACCCCGUGAAGAAAAUAGUAAUGUUUCUGAACUAAUUGAAUUACGAAAGCUAGAGCUUAGAAAAUUAGAAUCAGAGCUUCAGAUUGGGGAAAGAGCUGGCUUUAGUCAACAAAAACCGCGCUUUGAUAUUAGCAAACACGCAAAAUUAAUUCCUCUCUUUGAUGAACAAGACCCCGAGGAAUUUUUCUUACAAUUUGAAAAGAUUGCAGAAAGCUUAGACUGGCCUGAAGAGAGCUGGACUGUGAUGAUCCAAACAGCUUUUACUGGACAAGCUAAGAGAGUGUUCACUAAUUUACCAAAAGAAAUAUGUAAAGAUUAUGAUGCUGUGAAAGAUAUAAUUCUUCAAGCUUAUGAUUUAGUCCCAGAAGCUUACAGACAGAAGUUUCGAAACCUAAGAAAAUUGGAGUUACAGACUUACGUAGAGUAUGCUAUCGAUUAUGAACGAGAAGUGACCACUUUAAGUAAAGCAGCAAUACUUGCUGACAAUUUUUCAUUAACUCAUAGUAGACGCAAAACUCAGAGUUAUCUUUGUGCUGGAAGGAAGUCAGGUGGUAGUGAAGAGUCAGGUGAUCAGGGUGCUAGGCCUAGUAAAAUUGUAAAAUCUGCUCAAGGGAAAAAUAAAAUAGGAGUAGACAAGAUUGAUUCUUUAGUAACUUGUUUCUAUUGCAAACAACGUGGCCAUGUAUUCGCUGUGUGCCCUAAAUUAGCUGCUAAAAAUGUCGCUAAGGGAGCGACUUCGCUUACUGUUGAUUUAGUGGAAGAGACUGAUGUUAAUACUUCCCAUAAUGUUAAGUCUGACAUUUUUGAGCCGUUUAUUUUCACGGGAUUGGUUGCAAGUGACAUGUCCUCAGAUAAGAGUUACCCUGUUCGAAUUUUAAGGGAUACCGCUUCUUCCCAGAGUGUAUUAGUUAAGGCUUCUAUGCCUUUCGUGGAGAAUUCAUACACUGGGGAAUUCGUAGUCAUUCGGGGUUUUGGAGGGACCGUCACUCUCCCGUUAGCGCGGAUAUUUUUGCGAUCAGACUUAGUUGAUAGAUACAUCACAGUUGGAGUUCACGACUUUCCUCUUCCUGUGAGCGAAGCAACUUUGUUGCUAGGGAAUGACGUAGCUGGCGAAUGCGUUGUACCUGACCCGAUUGUACGCCCUGUACCGUCCGGAGUGAACCCCACAGAAUCCCUCGAUAAUGAGUAUCCUUCCUUAUUUAAUGAUGAAGAGGGUAAUGAGGAAAAACUUGAUUCUGUGAAAGAGGUUAGUAUUAGGAGUUUACCAAUAACUCGUGACAUGCUCAUCGAUGCACAACGUAAGGAUAAAGAGUUAUGCAAAUAUUUUAGUCUUGUUGACGAUUCACAGCCACUCGAUAGUAUGUACUACUUAAAUUCUGGUGUAUUAAUGCGGAAGUAUAGACCUGUUGAUGUUCCGGCAACAGACGCCUUUACAGAGAUUCAUCAAGUAGUUGUUCCUUUUCCUUAUAGACAGGAUGUUAUAAGUCUUGCUCAUGAUAUUAAUGGAGGUCACUUGGGAGUUUCCAAAACCUACUUUAAAAUUCUCAUGAUGAAGAAGGAUGUGUCAUCAUAUUGUAAGACUUGUCAUUAUUGCCAGGUUGCAGGGAAACCUAACGAAGUAAUUCCCCCUGCCCCGCUUCACCCCAUUCCGGUAGUUGCUCAACCAUUUAACCAUAUCUUAAUUGACUGUGUCGGACCAUUACCGAAAACCAAAUGCGGUAAUCAGUACUUACUGACGAUCAUGUGUGCUACAACCCGUUACCCAGAGGCUAUCCCCCUUCGAAAUCUGACCGCAAAAAGUGUGGUUAAAGCUCUGACUAAAUUUUUUACUCAGUUUGGGAUCCCGAAUAAAGUACAGUCUGAUCAAGGUGCAAACUUUACAUCCGGUCUCUUUCAACAAGUCAUGAAUGAAUUAUCAAUUAAGCAAUAUUUGUCCACUGCUUAUCACCCUGAAUCACAAGGAGCCUUAGAAAGAUUUCAUCAAACAUUCAAAUGUAUGUUGAGGAAAUAUUGUGUAGAGGUGGAGAAAGACUGGGAUGAAGGUGUUCAUGUGUUACUGUUUGCUAGCAGGGAAAGCAAACAAGAGUCUCUCGGGUUUUCUCCAUUUGAAUUGGUGUAUGGCCAUGAAGUUCGAUGUCCCUUAAAGCUAUUAAAAGAGAGUUGGGUAUCAGAGGAACAUGUGAUGCCAUUAUUAAAAUAUGUCCAUACUUUUAAAGAGAGACUACUGCAUGUUCGUGAUUUUGCCAUGAAAAAUUUGUUGAAUGCCCAAGGCGUCAUGAAAGAACAAUAA